AUUUUGUUAUUCAGUAUGGUUGGCAGAAGUUGAAAGACUUUGGAAUAACUUACGAGAACGUACUUACGUAACAUCGUUGUUAACGAUUAAGAAAGAUCUCGUUUUAUCAAAAAUAUCUUUGACGAAAGUGAUCAAGUUCUUCUUUCUUUCUGCUUUUUUUUUUUUUUUUUUUAAAAAGAUCAUGGAAACACCCAUAGUGCGUGCACGCGUUGUUAAAGUGCUCGGCAGAACGGGCUCCCAAGGUCAAUGUACCCAAGUCAAAGUGGAAUUCUUGAACGAACAGAACAGACAAAUAAUCAGAAAUGUCAAAGGACCCGUUCGCGAAGGAGAUAUUUUAACGCUUUUGGAAUCUGAACGAGAAGCCAGAAGAUUACGUUAAUCUUCCUAAUCAAUUUUUGCCAUUGUGAUUACCAUAUAAUUUUACGUAUAUACAUAUAUACAUAAAUACAUACAUACAUACAUACAUACAUAUAUAUAUAUAUAUAAAUAUAUAUCGACCAAAUAUCGAACGAGAACACGAAACUACAAAUUUCGUCGCAAUGAAAUCCAUUUUAUUAAAUUUGUUUUAUAUAAAAACAAAAACAAAACAAAA